GCGAUUAGGUGUGCGACAUUGCGACUUCGUCCAUAGUCGUGAAAUUCCCUUCAACGGCUCGGAACAAAUAUGCACAUUGACUGUUUCGCAAUUCUCAUGAACUCCGUGACUCCAUCCAUCAAGUUCACAUCUUGCAGAGGUAACUAGUAUCUUCAGCUACUCAGAGGAGGGGUUUCAAAUCGCGUCGAACAAAAUGUACAUUUUCCUAUUUUUGAGCCUAUCUGCUGCCACCAGCCAUUUACAGAGUCCUCAUUCUUCCAAGUCGCUGGAAAUUCUCCGCAACGUGGCAAGCCACCAGCUACGUGUCCUCCAGGAAACAAUGCAAUUCAGCUUUCGAGUAUUCAUUUCAAUCAGAAAGGAGAGUGCACAUUGGUUAUAUCGUUACUCCAGGACAACCUUGGAGCCGGAGGUGCUAUGGUGCCAUGUCCGGAGGAGACCCAUAUUGUCGGCAGUCUCGACGUAUUCUAUUAUCUUCAGGAGCUUGUUCUUGAACAACAACGAAAAGGUCAAUGAUGAAUCGUCCAACCGAACGCGUAUGAAAUCAAUAUUAGUUUCGCAGAACUGCUUUGUCUAAUAACACUGCAUUCCUCUGCCGGUCACUACCCGCGUCACUUUCUUUGAUCAGUCUACUAUGAAGUCGUCUUGUCCCUCGAGUCUCUGCUUCAUCAUGGGUCUAAUUAAUG